UGGAUGUGUAUAAUGUAUACUGUGACAGGGCGUUACAGCAGAGCGGUAUUCAUUGAAUGUACCCGUAUUACAGGCAGCCAACCGUCAUGUCGUAUAUCAAGUGCCACGCGUCACUGCAGUCCUAGUUUCUCCUUCGUUAUGCGUUGUACAUAAAGGGGCGCGGACAUAGUCACACAGCAGACAUUGAGUAGACAGAGCUAUGGAUAGGGAGGACAGAGAGGUGAUAGCUCCGUACUUCACGGGGAAGAACAAGGCACUGAAGCUCACUGAAGUGUUGGAGGUACUGGAGAACCCUGAUGACACACGGGCUAUAGUAACACCCCCUGCUAAACCCCAUGGAGGAGACGGAUACUUGUACAGGGUGGAGGCAGACUCGGCGGAAGACUGCUGGAAAAAUGACAACUACUACUUCAAGCAUAAUGGUUCUCGUGAACAGCCAAAACCUGCACCCAAGGUUCUCAAGCAGUACUUCGUGGCUUAUAAAAGUGAUGGCACCACCACCAAGGCUUUUAAACGACAGGCAUACAACUUGCUCGAGGGAGACGUGAAAUAUAUGUUAGUACACUACAUUGGGAAAUGCACAGUAGCAUUAUCCGAUCCAAAAUAUGAGAAGCGUUUGAAUACAUCCCUCCACCAUGAAUCCCAGAUAGUGAACAGUAACGCGAGAAUAGCUGGUUCUGGAGAUGAAGAUGGUGGGGAUUGGGAGACCAGGGAUAUGGAAUGUGAUCAUGAUCGUGCAAAUACUAACUUUGAUACUUUCCUGGCUUCUUUAGAUGAAGUUAGCUCAAGGAAAAGGACACAUGACCCUGAUAUGGUAAAUCGUGUGAAAGCUCCUAAACGUUCAGAAAACGAACGAGUAAUAGAAAACAAUUUGAUGGACAUAACCACCGAAUGUGUUAGUCAUCAACAUGAUGAAAGAGCGACCAACCUCAAGUCACUCACCGAAUAUUUGCUGAACAAACGUACUCAUAUCGUUAUCGCAAGACGUGUGUUGAACCAGACAAAAUACUGGGAGAAAAGCACCAGAUUUUCUACCUUUGACAGUCCAUGUUUAUCAUUAAUCGCUGACAUCGACUGUAAAUGGAGAAAUGACCUCACAGAAGUUAGUGGCAGGUUGAAGUGGUCACGACUUAGCCCGGAUGUUCUCGGCGAAGACCAGUGCAAGGAGACGUAUCACAGACUGGUAUCUGCUGUCAUAGUAGGUGCAUAUCACAUGAAGACGGACAUCACACAGUUUGUUGACACCCUCUAUGUGUACCCAUCACAUGUGAUGAGUGACAACGCCGCGACAGAUGACGACGAUGGGACGGAUCCUCAGAUGUGCAAGGUGGGGCCCCACAACAUACAGAGGAAUCAUCUCCUCGAUCAAACAGCAUGGCUUGGCGAUGAGGUGAUGAAUGCAUACAUGCAUGUCCUGAAGACCACGUGGAAUAGGAUCCACAGCUGCCACUGCGCUGUACUUGAUUCCUUCCUUGUCAACCAUUGGGAGAAAGACGAGUAUGACGUGCACCCAUGCAAGGAGGAACUUGGAACUUACACGUGGAUCCUGAUGCCAGUGAACAUGCCACUGAAUCAACACUGGGUGCUUCUGGUCGCCAAUGCCCAGGAUGGAACAGUGGGCGUGGUCAACUCUAAGCCUGUCCUUGAUGUAGGGGACAAACUUAUACAACAUUGGAGAAAAUAUACACGCAGUUUGAGGAGAGGUGAUGGGUCAGUGGUCACAUGGACAAAGACAGAAUAUCCAGUACUGAGUCAAAGAGAUGGACAUAGCUGUGGCGUGUUUGUGAAUAUGGCAGCAGAAGCUGUACUAUCGGAGGUGCCUCCCAGUGUCAUGAGAAGCUGCCACACUCUCUGGUACAGGAGGUACAUCUGGCGCAGGUUGCGAGAAUAUGCUGAUGAACAUAUACCGCCUGAUACUGACACACAUAUGCUUGAGUCUCCAUGUGAAAAGCUGACAAAUAAUCCAGCGUCAACGAAUGCCAGAACGUUUGCGUAUACAAUAGUCAAUAUGUCGACCAGCAUAGAUGAUACGAGAUACAGUUUGCAUAAAGCAGCCAGCCUCGGUGAUAUUAGACGCAUGCACUUGUUGAUAGACCAGGGGGAGCCUGUAGCAAGUACCGAUGACCGAGGAUGGACGCCUUUGCACUGUGCCUGUGAAAACGGUCACGUUGAAGCUGUCUCUGAUCUGGUUUCCAGGACGACGGGCGACGUACAAAAUAGAGCUCAACUUACAUUGUACAGUCCUGACUUGGGAACGAAGUAUAUGUAUCUAGCAGGAGCAUAUCCACUCCACAUUGCUUGUUUAAAUGGACAUAAGAAUGUAGCGCACAUUUUGAUCAAUAACGAGGCAAAUGUUGACGACCAAAGUGAACAUGGAACAACAGCUCUUUUUCUUGCUUCUGCUAACGGACAUGAAUCUGUAGCCGCACUUCUGAUCAAGAAUGGUGCAAGUAUUACAGCUGAGGAAAAGGACGGAUGGACGGCACAUCAUCUAGCUUGUCAGAAUGGACAUGAAUCUGUAGCCGCACUUCUGAUCAAGAAUGGUGCAAGUGUUGCAGCAGUAACGACAGAUGGAGUGACGGCACUACAUCUAGCUUGUCAGAAUGGACAUGAAUCUGUAGCCGCACUUCUGAUCAAGAAUGGUGCAAGUGUUGCAGCAGUAACGAAAGAUGGAGUGACAGCACUACAUGUAGCUUGUCAGAAUGGACAUGAAUCUGUAGCCGCACUUCUGAUCAAGAGUGGUGCAAGUAUUACAGCUGAGAACAAGGACGGAUGGACGGCACUACAUGUAGCUUGUUAUAAUGGACAUGAAUCUGUAGCCGCACUUCUGAUCAAGAAUGGUGCAAGUAUUACAGCUGAGGAAAAGGACGGAUGGACGGCACUACAUGUAGCUUGUUAUAAUGGACAUGAAUCUGUAGCCGCACUUCUGAUCAAGAGUGGUGCAAGUAUUACAGCUGAGAACAAGGACGGAUGGACGGCACUACAUGUAGCUUGUUAUAAUGGACAUGAAUCUGUAGCCGCACUUCUGAUCAAGAAUGGUGCAAGUAUUACAGCUGAGGAAAAGGACGGAUGGACGGCACUACAUGUAGCUUGUUAUAAUGGACAUGAAUCUGUAGCCGCACUUCUGAUCAAGAGUGGUGCAAGUAUUACAGCUGAGAAAAAGGACGGAUGGACGGCACUACAUGUAGCUUGUUAUAAUGGACAUGAAUCUGUAGCCGCACUUCUGAUCAAGAAUGGUGCAAGUAUUACAGCUGAGGAAAAGGACGGAUGGACGGCACUACAUGUAGCUUGUUAUAAUGGACAUGAAUCUGUAGCCGCACUUCUGAUCAAGAGUGGUGCAAGUAUUACAGCUGAGAAAAAGGACGGAUGGACGGCACUACAUGUAGCUUGUUAUACUGGACAUGAAUCUGUAGCCGCACUUCUGAUCAAGAAUGGUGCAAGUAUUACAGCUGAGGAAAAGGACGGAUGGACGGCACUACAUGUAGCUUGUUAUAAUGGACAUGAAUCUGUAGCCGCACUUCUGAUCAAGAAUGGUGCAAGUAUUACAGCUGAGGAAAAGGACGGAUGGACGGCACAUCAUCUAGCUUGUCAGAAUGGACAUGAAUCUGUAGCCUCACUUCUGAUCAAGAAUGGUGCAAGUAUUACAGCUGAGGAAAAGGACGGAUGGACGGCACUACAUGUAGCUUGUUAUAAUGGACAUGAAUCUGUAGCCGCACUUCUGAUCAAGAAUGGUGCAAGUAUUACAGCUGAGGAAAAGGACGGAUGGACGGCACAUCAUCUAGCUUGUCAGAAUGGACAUGAAUCUGUAGCCGCACUUCUGAUCAAGAAUGGUGCAAGUGUUACAGCUGAAGACAAGGACGGACGGACGGCACGACAUGUAGCUUCUCAUAAUGGUCAUGAAUCUGUAGCCUCACUUCUGAUCAUGAGAGGUGCAAGUAUUACAGCUGGGGACAAGGACGGAUGGAAUCAAGAGACAACAGUGAAGAUGUUUGGAAACUCUCAAACACAGCCAGAGCUACCCUUGGGAGAAAAACCACAAGUUUCGCCUUUUGUCAACAUAUCCAAUGAUAAUAACAGAAUCCAACAUACCAAUGUGGAAGCAAUGCCUUCUAACACACAAUCACCGUCUGCUUGGGGGAAAACUAGCUUCAAUGUCAAACAGCAAGGAAGAGAUCAGUAUUGCACAAGACUAGGCCAUGGUUAUGGUGAUACUAUAACCUUACAAGCGCCCCUGUGUGUACUGGACAGUCAACCGCCAGGUUGGGUAUCUGAUAUUCCCUUCACACAAAGAAACCCCAUCGUGACAAGACCAACGACGGGACCCUUAAACACUGUUCCAAUCGAGCCUCCAGGAGGAGUCACCGGCAGUUACAACACACAGAUGAAAUGUGGCAUCCCUACAACGACAUAUCCCCGAACAAUACAAGCUGUUCCUCCAUCUGAUUUCCUUUCCGCUCUGCAACCGGGUAUGAACGCUUCCAUGCCAGGACAAGUCAUGUCUCCCUUGAAUGUUAUCUCCAUUCAGAAUCCGCCUGGAAUUUCCACACCUACCAGGGGGUUUGGCAGCCAAUUCCUUUGACAGGAACUUCUCAGUCCCUAACGGGGCAGUACCAAGGACAACUGGGAAUUCUCUGAACUUUCCAUUGUAAUUAACAGAAAGCACAAUUUGGCUCAUGCUUGAAGUAUAUUUUACACACAUGGACAAUAACAUGUAUUACCACAACAACAAUGAACUAAAUUUUCAUUCGUUUUACAAUUAAUCGUUAUGAUAAUGUUGAACUGUGGUCAUGUAUUUUGUUUUAUAACAUUUUUUAACGCCAUAUGUAGUUGAAAGUUUGUUUUGUAACCAUUAUGGCACGUGCCAGACCUUACAAUCACAUUUACUUGUUAAGUACACAGCUAAGACAAAAUGGAUUUUAUUUUUGUUUGUUGUUUUACGCCGCACUCAGCAGUAUUCCAUCUAUAUGACGGCGGUCUGUUAAUAAUCGAAUCUGGGCCAUACAAUCCAGUGAUUAACAUUAUGCGCAUCUAUCCUGGAGAUUGGGAUAUAACGACACGCAUCAACCCAGUCCGCGUACCUGACCACCCGAUACCGUUUGCCGUCUUCCUAGAAGAAAGAGUGAGUUGGUUUUUACAUCACUUUUAACAGUAUCCCAGUUAUAUCACGGCGUGUCAGCUUCUGUGGGAGGAACGCCAGAAGUGAUGCAGGUCUCAGAAGUUUACCACGUCGGCGAAAACCCACGAGCACGGGUAUGGUGCUGACAAACCUAGAAACAUAAUCUGGGCGAACCGGGAUUCGAACCCACAAUUAUAGGUUUCUGGCGUGACCAAGGGACGCAACUCUGCACAGCGAAUCGCGGCGCUUUAGACGACUGGGCCAACCGUGCCCCCUAAAAUAAAGAAGCUGAACUGGAACACUAAUUUGUAAUGUCAUUAAACACAUUUACUGGAAUUACGCUUGGAACUGAGAACAAUGAAGAUUGUCAAGGUUAGACCCCAUUAAAAUAUAACUACCGCUUGGAGACAUAGCUAGCAUAGGUUUUUGUCAAACACAGAGUUAUGAGUUUUAGGUCUUCCUAUCAUUCAUUCAAAAAGCUUUCAAAGUGCGCAAAACUAUUUUCAGUCGACUAUACAUAAUAUAGACUUUCUGUCACUCUAGGCACUACAUCAUAUCUAGAGCUAUAUGACAGCAGCACUGAUGGCGGUUAAUGAUGACACACAAUCAACUAAGUUACUGAGCCUGACAUAAAGACAUGUUCAAAAUGCAGUUUAUGUGCGCUGAUAUCUUGUGUAUAUGCCUACCAACAUUACCUAGGCGUUCUUCCUAGAGAGAUGUGGGCACGGGUGUCGCAGUAGUCUGAGCCACCGCAAUUCGCUGUGCAGAGUUACGUCCCUUAAGCAUGCUAGAAAUCUAUGAUCGUGGAAUCGAAUACAUCUGUUUCUAAGUUUGUCAGCACCAUAACCUGGAUCGUGGGUUUCACUAAAUUGGUAAACGCCUCAGACCUGAAUACUAGUGUCUUUCGUCCUACAUACAACUUGAAUAUUGUUCAAAGUGGUGUCAAACCCAACUCACCGUUUGAAAGGUGUAUGGUGGUACGUGGUCCUAUGCACUGCGCACAGGUUACAAAUCAGGUGAAAUUAAGCAACGUCGGUGGCGGAGAGUUUUUGGAUGAGUGAUUGUUCGGCAGCUUGGCUCCCGAGAGUUUCUAGGGCGUCUGAAGUACGUGUGACACAUGUGGCGUCUCCUUGGGCAAAUGACUUUGUUCGAGUUGUGCCUCUUUUCACCCAGCAGUGAAUGGGUACCCGGUAGGAUGAGAUGGCAAUGUGGUUGUUAACCUUCUAGCGCCUAACAGGCAGCUUUGUUUGUAUACUCUCCAUGGAGCUGAGAAUGAUUUUUGAGUGAACACUUUUCAAUGUCUAAGCUUAGAGUAUUCUUGUGCAUGGAGAACAGCGCCAUACAAAUAACGUGGAUUUUAUGUCCGCUUUCGGGUUAGAUUUAUUUAUUUGUUGCAAGAAGGUCAAAGGAGUUGCCUACCAUGUCAGUUAUCGCAACUGGCCUUGUUUCGUGCAAAGAGUUUCAUAUAAACCAUGAAACGUUUACUUAAAUACUUGUCUGAUUUGUAUUACUGUUCAAUGAUAUUAAAAUGCUUUGAAUAAUAAAAAGAAAUAUUCAGAGAAUGUUAUUGGUGCCAUUCAGCUAAAUUACAAAAUGUUAUUGAGUUACUUGUGUCUAAUACCUGAACAUGACCUACUUUCAGUUAUGUUAUCAAUGUCAAAUAUUGAGUUAUAGAUUCAGUGCCCAAGGGACGCAACUCUGCACAGCGAAUCGCGGCGCAUCCGUGCCCCCCAUUCUUAUAGCGCCCAAUAAUUGCUUUUAUCCUACGAGUCAUAACUGGUUUUGUAAAACUCACAAAGCAAGUGCAUACGUUUAGAAAAUAAAUACCAUGUUGAACAUU